AUGGCUAUACUCAAAACCAGAAAUUUAGGAGAAAUUCGCGGGCGAGAAGAGGAUGGAGUGAGUCAGUAUUUGGGUAUUCAAUAUGCAACCCUAAAGAACCGUCUUGCCGAUGCCGAGCUGGUUGAAGCUCGUACAGGCGGCGUGUUAGAUGCAACAAUUGAUGGACCCUUAUCAUUGUCUCCCCUAAUUGGAUGUGAUAUUGAACUUGGGCAUGUUCAGCAAACAUUGCCCAAGAAAGAGCUUCAAUAUUCUGACGUCAAUUGUCUCAACCUCAACAUUGCUGUACCAUCAAAUGCGACUCCUGAAUCAAAACUUCCCGUUCUGUUCUUUAUACACGGAGGUGGAUUUUUUAUUGGUGGAAAUUCGUGGCCCCAAUAUGAUCUCACUCGGCUUAUGAAGCUGUCCAUUGACAAAAAGUUACCUGUAGUGGUGGUGACAGUCAACUAUCGACUCGGUGCUCCGGGAUUCUUGACUUCGGAAGAACUGCGCCAGGCAGGAUACCGCUCCAACAACGGUCUUCGCGACCAACAGGUUGCACUGGAAUGGGUACAGAGGCACAUUCAAGAUUUUGGUGGCGACCCUGAAAAUGUGACAGCAGCAGGCCAAAGUGCUGGUGGAGCCUCUGUGACGUAUCACCUCCAUUCGCAGAAACCUCUGUUCAAGCGAGCCAUUCUGAUGGCUGGUACGUCGCUUCUCUUACAGGCGCUGCCUAACAUCGCCCACGAGGAGAACUAUGAGAAAUCCAUGGCUGCAUUGGGACUUGCCGAUGCGCCCGCGGAAGAAAGAGUAAAGGCCCUUUUGGAGAUGCCUGGAGAGGAUCUCGUGGCUCAGCUUCCUCCGGGUAUCUCUUAUGCGCCUGCUCUUGACGGCGACUUGAUUCUUCCCGGGACCACGUAUACUGAGAUUGCAAAGCAAGAAUCCAGUUUCCUUCCCGGUAAAGCGUGGUGUCAGGAUCUGUUGAUCGGAGAUAAUGAAAUUGACGCAAGUAUUCUGGGAUUCAUUGCGCCACAACUGAAAACACAGACUACUAAGAAGUUCCUCGCGGCAAUCCACAAAGUUCUUGCCCUGCACCCAGCGCUGGCUCAUCGAAUUUUGGACGCGUAUCAAAUCACCGAGGAAACCUCUGACGUGGACGCCUACUCCUCCGCGCUGACCUUUGCGAACGAUAUUUCUUUCAAUGCGCCCACGUUAACAUAUGCCUGUGGCUGGCCAGGUAACGCGUAUGUAUACUAUUUUAAUGAAGGCAACCCGUGGGAUGGACCUUGGAAGGGGCGGGCCAAUCAUAUCCUCGAUGUGAUCCACUUCUUUCAGAACCUCAAUGACUCCAUGAGCCCCGAGCAGGUGGCGGUCGGCGCCGCUUUUGCUGAAGAUAUUUUCAAAUUUUGUCAUGGCAAGGCGCCUUGGUCAGCGGUCGCAUCUGGUUCCAUUGAGGAUGGGGCUUCAGCACGCAUUUACGGCCCCAGUCAGAAGGGUGUCACUACUCGUGUGUCUCAGCAGUUCUUUGGAGGUGAUACCCUCCGCAGAAGUAUUCUCUUCGAUUGUGGGCCCGAAGUGUCCUUGGACGAUCUAGCCAAGGUGUUUGGAGAGCUGCUGUCUGGUUGA